AUGAGCCGGAAGGACUUUGGGACCUGCACUGGGGAGGGGGGCAGUCCUGGAUGUCUCUACCGGGCCGAAGGCAUAAAAGAUGGUGAGCCCGAGGCUCACUGUGUGGUCACGUGCUCCGUGACUGUCUCCCGCUCUCCUCAAAGACAGAGGCCACGAGCAGGGUGUUUGUCCCUGUGUUCCCACACCUGGCCCAGAGCAGGCGCUCAAAAUAGGCGAUGGAUGGAUCCUCAGGAGAAAGGGAGAGAGAGUGGCUCUCUGUCUGGCUUGACAACUCCUCUCUCUCGGGAGUUUACACCAGGCUUCGCCUACAAGCCCCGGGUCCCCUGCAGCCCAGAGAUCCUGGACCUGAACCUACCCAAGGCCAAGGCAUCGGCUCUGGCCCCUCAUUUCUCCUCGUGUGGCCCCCAGCAGGCCAGCCGCCCCGGCUCCACGGCGUCCGCCACGAGGAGCCUGCAAAUUGCCCGUGGCCUCAGCGGCUCACACGCAAGCGGGCGAAUGAUACCCUCCGGGCAGUGCUGCUUGGAGACAAGAUCCCCCCGCGUGGGGCUCACGGGUCAACCCCGAAAUCCGAACCGGCCUUCUGGUGGGAAGCAGCCAGCAGCUGCUCAGGGCGGCCUCGAAAUCAGACAGAAGCAGGUCCGGAGGAAACGCCGGCGAGUACCGGGAGGGCGCGGCCAGGAGAGGGGCCGGCAGGCCGCCCAUCCCUGCCCGGCCUCCGGGCUGCACCAGGCCGGGCGCCCCUGCUCUCGUAACCAUGGUGGCAGCACCCGGCCGCUGACGGGCUGCCCGGCGCACGGGAAGGAGCGUGGCCGCCCGACUCAGGGCCUGGCCGCAGAGCAGGUGACCCGGGAGGGAAGCCAGCAGCUGCAGGUGACAGAUUUGGAGAGACAGUUGUUAAUGAGCCGCCAGGUGGCUUCAGGGGCUGAGGAGGACAGCCCUCCAGGCAUCCAGGACCAGGCCCACCGCAGCCCAUGCCCCAGGGUCCUGCCCGCCCUGCCCCUGGCACCCAGCUGGGGGGCAGCAGAGCCAAAUCCAUGA